AUGUCUGAAAAUGAGAUAUCGGAAAUAUCCGGGGCAGAUUUCGAGGAUUCUGGUUCGGAAUAUACUCCAUCUGAUAAAGAAAACCAGCGUAAUAGGCAUCGUUCUCGAAAAAAACUUGUAAUUCCUGAAAGUUCUGAUGAAUCUUCUGUUGAGGAAGCUAAUGAUGGAAUUUCAUCUAUAGAAGUUGCCGAAGACGAUAGCGUAUGCAAAAGUCAGAAAAGAAAAAGGAACGUAUGGAACUGGAAAAAGGAGAAGGCAAAACGAGCCAGGGCUUUCGGACAAGCGUACCUAAAUGUGAAAGGAAGUUCUGUACCAGCAAAGAUUUUUAAUAGUGAAGACUGUGUAUCUGAUGGACGACUGACAAGAGUUCUGCGUAAUAAAACAAAUCCAGAUUCUGAAACUACAGCUCCAAUUGAUAAACGGGGUACAGCUUCAGCUCAUAAUAAAACAAGUGAAGAGCAGAUAAAAAAGACUAAAGACGAUAAAGCAAAAUGUGAUCUUUGUAAUUCGUUGUAUUCAAUAAAAGGCGGCUCCACUACAAAUUUGAAAAAGCAUCUCCUGAAGAAACACAGAUCAACUUAUGAAACCAUCAUUCCAUGCUCCGUGUCAGAUGCAGCGGUUCUGAAAGCUUCUAUACCAUCAACUUCAUCAAAUACUGAAACUACUAAUCCUGAGCAGCUGAGGCCUAAUCAGAAGCCAUUGAAGCUAAAAAUGGACGUUGUCACGAGAUGGAAUAGCACCCUAGACAUGAUAGAGAGAAUUUGUUCACUUCAAGAACCUUUAGAAGCAGCUCUUGGAAUUCUACACAGUCCAGUAGAAAAUCUUUCGGAAGGCGAAUGGCAGACACUACCAGAAGUAAUAAAAAUUCUUAAGCCAUUUAAGCAGCUCACUGAAGAAAUUUCUUCAGAAAAAAAAGUGACUGUUUCAAUGGUCUUGGCUUCCACAGAAAGCAUAAUUAGGGUUUUUGACAAUUUAGGCACAAAUAUUAUUACUGAAAUAGGCAAGAAACUGGCAAACAAGAUAAUAACAGAAUUUAAAAGUAGAUUUAAGAAUUGUUACAGGCACCCAGUUUUAUCUAAAGCAGCGUUGUUAGACCCGCGUUUUAAGAAGCUGGCAUUUAGGUUUGAUGCAUCAAGUUAUGAGUCUGCCAAAGAUGCAUUGAAAACUGAGCUUCAAAACCAGCUAAACCUUCAUAAACAGCAAUCAAUCGAGCCUAAUGAGAACGAAUCCACGCUAGCUCCAUCUACAGGCGAUACCGACACUGAUAACGACUCAUUAUGGAAGGAAUUUGACGCUUUGACAUCGUCAGCGUCCGCUUCGAACUCCACAGUUAGCAGCAGCAUAAUUACCAUGAGGCAAUACCUAGAAGAACGCAUUAUUCAUCGAAAUGAAUGCCCUUUGAAGUGGUGGCAGAAGCGGGAAAUUCUAUAUCCUGAACUCUCAAACUUGGCUGAGAAAUAUUUAUCGGUGAUGGCUACCUCGGUAUCAUCUGAAAGAACUUUUUCAAAGUCGGGCCAAAUAUUGAGUGAGAAGCGCAGUUCCAUUAAACCAAAGCGAAUGGAAAAGGUUUUAUUUUUAAAUAUGAACCAAAGAUUUUUAGAUAAAGAG